CGGUUAUAAUACGUUUUUAACCGAUCUCUUUAAUAUAUUAUUCUUAUUAGGUUAUAUGGCAACUGGAGGAAGAUUCGGUUUGGAUUGAAGGCAUCGUUUUGAUGCUUAGUUUUUCAAUUGUACUCGGCAUAAAACAUAGAUAUAAGCUAACUGCGGUGAAGUUAGCUUAAUAUUCAAGAUUCGGACUUUGAUCGUCAAUACCUCAUCAACAAAACCGGCCAGCAAGACAGCAAUUACAUAUUCUGAUUAUGCUGACAAUAGCGAACAAGUAACACUCCAUGUUUUCUCUGUUGCGUUCAAUUUUCAAAAGACGACAUUACAGUCAUGUCUAUGGCGGAUUCUCCAUCUAUUCUCAGUUAAGGGAGUGUGUUAAAAGUGCAUAAUGAACGUUGUUUUUACUGACAAACGCCGAAUGCAUUGCAACAAAAAAACUACAAAGCUCAGAAUUCGGAGCCCUACCAUUUACAUUAUUAUUGUUUUGUAUCAUUAAAAACGUCAAGGUAAAAAUACUUUUAACGCAUGUUAUUAAAGUAAAGGUCUGUACUUCAGACCCAAUGAAACUUUUGUAAUAGACCAGCUGAUACAGCGUUCAGGGACAAAAGCCCUACCAUGAAUAUCAAUCAAUAUUAUCAUUUAGGAAAUUCAUAUUAUCGAAGACAUUUUAAUUAAGAGAAAUGUCAAUAGCUCGGACCCAAUACAAGUUAGAAAUAACAAAUUGAUAAAACUGAUAACCAACCAAUAACCUGAUAAUAACCAACUGAUAAUCUGAGCAAUUUGACAAUGUUUAUGGAUUUUUUUGGGAACAUUUUAAAACUGAAGGAUGUUGAUGGUAGAGCAGUUGUCUCUAAGAUAUAUUGAUUGGUUAUUUAAUACGCGCUAUUGACAUUUACAUUAACAACUGACGUUUUUAUAAACAUGACCAGAUAAUGGUGCACUUUUAAAACAGUGCCUUAACCCUCGCGUGGUAGUAAAAAAAAAUCGCGUUCUUUUCGACUCUGAAAGAUAAAUAUGAAACCGAAAUGGAAAAACAAGGUGUGUUGCUUGUUCGCAAUCGUGAGCAGAUUUGGAAAAUGUAAUAUGUUUCUUUCUGGAAGAUUUCGUUGAUGAGGUAUUUACGUUAAAAGCCCGAAUCUUGAAUAUAAAGCUAACUUCACCGCAGAGAUAAGCUACUGAAUUAUAGUGGAUACCAAAUAACCUUAUCAAGGACCCUGAUGUCCCAGUCUAGGAUGCUGCAGGGACCACAUAUCCCAGGUCAUGAGAAGCCUCUCAUCAGACUAUCGUUCACCUCUUGUGUUGUGGGCACCGUCAGUCUGCCCCUGCUUGGUUUAACAACCUGUAUCUUCAUCUCCUCUGUGUUCCAUUUUGAGGACUCCACUGAUACUCACUGCAAGGUUCCCAAUUAUCUACCUUCCAUUAGCGCCUCAAUAAGCCUGAGCCCAGAAUGCCAUAUCUGGAGGUUCUGCAUUGGCCUACACUCUGCUCCUAGGUUCCUAGUGGCAGUGGUUUAUUUUAACUUCUACAAGGGCCACUUUUCCACAAGGUUUCAAGAGUGGCUCCUCAGCUGCCUCAACUUCAUGUGUGCCAUCACUGAGAAUUUUGGCGUCUUGCUUCUUACCUACGUGUCAUCCAGUGAGACAUACAUUGUCCAUAAGGAAGGUUUUGUCCUGUUUGUUGCUAGUUCUUUUAUACACAUGAUGUUAACCUGUCGGCUGUGGUUGGUUAUAAAGAAGUAUUCGCAGAUUCCUGAGGAUGGAAAGUCUUACCACUGGAAGAUUCGUUGCUUGGUCCUCAACAUAGCUUUCUGCUGCUUGGCUGCUUACUUUUAUUGGAAACACAACAUGUUCUGUGAAACUGGAAGUUACACAUUUUUCGCCCUCUUUGAGUACUGCGUGGUGUUUUCCAACAUGGCCUUCCACCUAACUGCCUUCUGGGACUUCAAGAGCAGGGAGAUGGUUGUCAUCUCCCCAGAGGAGUAUAAAGACUUCUGACUGGGCAACAGAAGACCAGGUGACAGGUGUUCAACCACUCAGAACAUACCUAGCGGAGAGGAUAUUGUUGCAGAGGAGCAGGAAGAGAGAACAUUUUUCCAUAUAUGCACAUGAUGGUGGAUGUCAUUUACAGUUACUUAAAUACUCACUUUAUUUAUCUGGACUGUGCGACCUGGAAGUCAACCUUAUUGUUCUGCACUAACAUUUAUUUGAAUAACUUUGGUGUUUAAUAUACUGAAAGAUAAAUGACCCACUAAGGCUAAAUUGACCAACUGACUUGAGUUUGUCCAUUCUUUAGUCAUGCUCAUAUGUCUACAUUGUUGUACUUGUCAGUUGGUAAAUGUUGACUUUUGACAAUGAUGUGCUUAUAUACUGUAUGAUUAAAUAUAGUGAGUUGUUCAUUUCUUUGCCAAAAGGUAGUUUAAUGUCUUGCAGCAGCAGAUAAGGAUUAACAAUAAUAAUGUAAGUUAUUCUCAGAGAAAUGAAUGAGUGAAUAUGUACUGUGUCUUAUUUAUUUUGCCUAUAAACAUUAUCAUAUACAGUAACUGUUAAGUACAGUCCACUCUUAAGCUGCGCAUGCUUACCAUUACCUAACUGUCAGUUAGAGGUCCACAACCUAAAUACGGAAGUUACAAAUACAUGUACUUCCUCAUUUUAAAAGAAGGGAUGGGAGAGAGACAGACGUGACUACAAGGUGGUGUUGCAUCAAGCAAUAAUACAUUUUGUAACUAUACGGUACUGUUGAACUCUCAAUGUAGUCACUCAAAGAGGCAUCUAUUGUCCAGCAGGGAGAGCUACUAAGGCCUUAUUUCACUGUCAAAUUAGUCCAGAGGUUUGAAGUGUGGGAGAGAUAAUGUUUGGGCAACAGAUGACCGUUUAUCUUUCACAACUCCAGGUGGAUCAUUUCACUUCCAAAUAGUCUCAGGCAAAUAUGGGACUGCAUCAAUGUUUGUCAUGCUGGUUUUCACUUCCCAUGAUUCUAUGGAAACUGUAUUUGUAUUUUUGAAGUAUCUUGCAAGUAAUUUAUUUGUAUACUUUGAUCAAUGGGUUUCUGUUCCAGACACACGUAUCUGCUUUUGCUUGUGAUAAUAAUCAAGAUAUUUUGCAUUAUAUAUUGCAGAAUACUUAAAGUGGGUUCUAGUAUGGACAAUAAUUCCUGAUAUACCGAACAGGAUGUCUUCUAGAGAAAAAUAUGGGACACCUAAUGAUGAUGAAAAAGGACAUUUAGAAAGCGAUUAACGGCAAUAUUUACUGAGGCGUUGAUACCGCUUUUAUGGUUGCCAAUAAACACAAAAUAACA